AUGCGUCAGGCUCAGUCUUUGUCCCUCUUGACAGCUCUUCUGUCCGCCACCCGUGUGGCUGGACAUGGUCAUGUCACCAAUGUUGUCGUCAAUGGUGUUUACUAUGAGGGCUUCGAUAUUAACAGCUUCCCCUACGAGUCCGACCCUCCUAAGGUGGCCGCCUGGACCACUCCUAACACUGGCAAUGGAUUCAUUUCCCCUAGCGACUACGGUAGCGACGACAUCAUCUGCCACCAGAAUGCCACCAACGCCCAGGCCCACAUUGUCGUCGCGGCUGGUGACAAGGUCAACCUCCAGUGGACCGCGUGGCCCGAUUCCCACCACGGUCCUGUUCUUGACUACCUCGCUCGCUGCGACGGUGAGUGCGAGACGGUUGACAAGACCACUCUUGAGUUCUUCAAGAUUGAUGGUGUCGGUCUCAUCAGUGACACCGAAGUGCCCGGUACCUGGGGAGAUGACCAGCUGAUUGCCAACAACAACAGCUGGUUGGUCGAGAUCCCCCCGACCAUUGCUCCUGGCAACUACGUUCUUCGCCACGAGAUCAUCGCCCUUCAUAGCGCUGGCACUGAAGACGGUGCUCAGAACUACCCCCAGUGCUUCAACCUCCAGGUCACUGGCUCCGGUACCGACGAGCCCGCCGGUACCCUCGGCACCAAGCUCUACACCGAGGAUGAGGCUGGCAUCGUUGUGAACAUCUACGCCUCUCUGUCUUCCUACGCCGUCCCCGGCCCCACCCAGUACAGCGGUGCCGUCUCUGUCAGCCAAUCCACUUCGGCUAUCACCUCUACUGGAACUGCUGUUGUCGGUAGUGGUAGCGCCGUCGCCACCUCCGCCGCCGCCGCGGCUACCACCAGCGCUGCUGCUUCUUCUGCCGCUGCCACCCCCUCUGCCAGCUCUGGUGCCACCACUACCAGCAGCAGCAGCGGUGCCGCUCAGUCUCUGUACGGCCAGUGCGGUGGUAUCAACUGGACCGGAGCUACCUCUUGCGUUGAAGGCGCUACUUGCUACCAGUACAACCCUUACUACUACCAGUGCAUCUCUGCCUAAGCAGGACACUUAAUUUCUCUAUAGCUAGAUUAUCUAGAUUACCUCAAAUCAGAUCUGCUGAACUUGUAUAUUAGACUGAAUACUCAGAAAAAUGGUUUAUAUUUGACACUGUCUUAUUUUUGCUUUCUCUGCUUUCACUGCGAUGAAAAAUUCCUAGCCAUAGUCAUGUGCCUUUGAAAACUCCGGCAUGUUCAUAGCCAAACUGUGUUUUCCCUGCCUAGUGCGCUUGAGCUCGGAAAUUUCCCGACGGUGAAUGCGUGCAACUUGGUUGCGCUUAGUCGGCGAGGGGAAGUAUCUGCUGCAGGGUGAAAGACAUUUCCCACACAUCGCAACACGAAAAUCUCUC